AUGACAGCGCUUGCAGGAGGUUUACCGAGAAUGAUGAGACCAAGUCCUCACCAGAAUUACCCGCGGGGCGGAUACUCUCUGGAAGUCUCCACUCCGUUAGGACAGGGUCGGGUCAACCAGCUCGGUGGUGUCUUCAUAAACGGCAGACCUCUACCCAACCACAUUCGCCAUAAAAUCGUGGAGAUGGCCCAUCACGGUAUCCGGCCGUGUGUCAUCUCCCGCCAGCUGCGGGUGUCCCACGGCUGCGUCUCCAAAAUCCUCUGCCGGUACCAGGAGACGGGCUCCAUCAGGCCCGGGGCCAUCGGAGGCAGCAAGCCAAAGCAAACCGCGACUCCAGAGGUGGACAAGAAAAUCGAGGAGUACAAGACAGAAAACCCGGGCAUGUUCAGCUGGGAAAUCAGGGACAAAUUACUGAAGGACGGGAUCUGCGACAGGAACAACGUUCCCUCAGUGAGCGCCAUCAGCCGCAUCAUGCGCUCCAAGUUCGGCGGAGUUGGCGAGGACGAAGAGGAAGACGACGAAGUGGUGAAGAGAGAGCUGGAGGAGAACGAGCCACGGACGAAACACAGCAUCGAUGGCAUCCUGGGGGACAGAUCCAGUCACUCGGAUGAGGGGUCCGACGUGGACUCAGAGCCAGGCCUGCCUCUGAAGAGGAAGCAGCGCCGUAGUCGGACCACCUUCACCGCGGAGCAGCUGGAGGAGCUGGAGAGGGCCUUUGAACGCACGCACUACCCUGACAUCUACACGCGGGAGGAGCUGGCUCAGCGGGCCAAGCUGACAGAGGCUCGAGUUCAGGUGUGGUUCAGCAACAGAAGAGCCCGCUGGAGGAAGCAAGCUGGAGCCAAUCAACUGAUGGCUUUCAACCACCUCAUCCCCGGUGGUUUCCCUCCGUCAGCCAUGUCAGGCCUGCAGCCCUAUCAGCUGUCUGACAGCCCCUACCCUCCUACUUCCAUAGCUCAAGCAGCAUCCGAGCAGCCCAGUACUGUCCACCGACCGCAGCCACUGCCCCCCACCUCCAUGCACCAGAGUGGGCUCAGCUCGUCAGCAGGUUCCCAGGAUGGAAGCUCUGCGUAUUGCCUAUCUUCCGGACGUCACGGUUUCUCAGGAUAUUCGGACAGCUUUGUGGCCCCAACAGCGCACACCAACACUGUCAACCCCACCAUCAGCAACAGCCUCUCACCACAGGUGAUGGGCCUGUUGAACCCAGGUGGAGUGCCACAUCAGUCCCAGAGUGACUUUGGCCUCUCCCCGCUGACCGGAGGCCUGGAGCCUAACGGAGGCAUAGCUGCGAGCUGUCAUGGUUCUCAGCGCCUGGAGGCUCUACCAGGCCUGACCAGUAUGCCCACCCUACCUAGCACCCAGUCUUACUGCCCACCUUCCUACACCUCCCCGGCCUACGCCGUGGAUCACCAUCCAUCCUACCAGUAUGGACAGUACAGUCAGAGCAAGGUGCCUUUCAUUAUAUGA